AUGGCUCCCAAUCACCCUGAGAUCAAGAAACUCGCCAUGAUUGGCUGUGGCGCCAUGGGUGGUGGAAUGGCAUUGUUGUUCGCCGAGAAGGGGUGUGAAGUGCUACUCAAAGAUCCUUCGAACGAGGCGAUGGUUAAGGUGAUUGAGCAGGGCAAGAAGGAUGGCGUUGGCAACAGCAUCACCAAGUAUCAAACGUACGAGGAUCUUUGCAAGAACUUGGGCACACCGAAGGUGUUUGUGUGGUCGUUGCCGCAUGGUACUGUGGGCGAUUCGGUGUUGGAGGGCUUGUUGCCUUAUUUGACGAUGGGCGAUAUUAUCAUUGAUGCGGCGAAUGAGAUGUGGGAGAAUACGGAGAGGAGGCAGGGGAAGUGUGCUACGAAGGGGAUUCGGUAUGUGGGGAUGGGGGUUAGUGGUGGAUAUCAGGCAGCACGACGAGGACCAUCGAUGUGCCCGGGCUCUGAUUCGGAGACUCUCGAUAUCGUUCUGCCACUCCUUCAGAAGGCUGCAGCCAAAGCCCCUGAUGGCACCCCUUGUGUGGCCAAGAUUGGCACUGGCGGAGCUGGUCACUACUGCAAGAUGAUCCACAACGGCAUCGAGCACGGCAUGAUGUCCGCUGUUGCUGAGGCAUGGGGAAUCAUGACCAAAGGUCUCGGCAUGAACCUUGACGAAGUCGGCGACGAACUCCAUCGCUGGAACAAGACCGGCGAACUGCAAGGCACCUUCCUCGUCCGCAUCGGCGCCGAGAUCUGCCAGACCAAAGACGACAAGGGCCAGCACAUCCUCGACACGGUCGAAGACAAAGUCGUCCAAGACUUCACCGGCGAAGAAGGCACCGGCAUCUGGUCCAACACCGAAGCCAUCAACCACCACGUCCCCGCCCCAACCCUCACCGUAGCGCACUACCUCCGCCUCGCCUCCGGCGACCUGCACCAACGCCGCACCAUCAAGACGACCUUCUUCGGCGCCGCCAACGACUCCACCUGGCCGCCCCAACGCCUCUCCCCCUCCGACAAACCCGCCUUCCUCGAAGACCUCCGCAAAGCCACCUACCUCGCCUGCCUGGCCUCGUACGCCCAAGGCCUCAACAUCAUCGACAAAGCCGACCGCGGCAACCACUUCAACAUCGACUACGUCGCGCUCCUCCAGAUCUGGCGCGCCGGCUGCAUCAUCCAGGCCGACUACAUCUCGACCCUCCUCCUGUCCCUCUACUCCUCCCUCGCCACCACGAAGAACCCCUCCUCCUCCGCCGACAAAAACCCGCUGUACGCCGCGGAGAUCGCGGCGGAGGUCAAGCGCAACUACGCGCCGCUCAAGCGCGUUGUGGCGAAGGGGGUUGAGGCGGAUCAUGUCGUCCCUGCGCUCGGGGCGACGCUGGAGUGGGUCAAGCAGAUGGUGAGUGUGGAUUUGCCUACGAGCUUUUAUGAGGCGGAGUUGGAUUAUUUUGGCAGGCAUAUGUAUGAUCGGAAGGGCGAGGAUGAGGCGGGAAGGCCGGAGAUGGGGAGGUUUCAUUAUGAGUGGAAGCCGGCGUAG